GGGCGGCGCCGCUGGCUCCCGGGACCCCGCCGUCGCUCGCCCGUCCUCCCGCCAUCCGCGCCAUGGCCGCCGGCCGCCGUCUGCCCUUGCCCGCCCUGCUGCUGCCGCUGGCCUGCGCCGCCCUGGCCCCCCGCGGCCUGACAGAGAAGCAGCGCUCCUGCCUGCUGCCCCCCGACGACGGGCCGUGCCGCGCCAUGUUGCCGCGCUGGUACUACGACCGCUACACGCAGAGCUGCAAGGAGUUCUUCUACGGGGGCUGCCACGGCAACGCCAACAACUUCCUCACCUUCGACGACUGCGAGAAGAACUGCUGGACCAUCAAAAAGGUGCCCAAGCUGUGCCGGAUGGAGGCCGAUGGGGGACCCUGCAGGAGUCACCUCAAAAGAUACGCCUUCAACUUGAGCUCGCUGAGGUGUGAGGAGUUCAUCUACGGCGGCUGCUACGGAAACGGCAACAACUUCAGGGACCUGCAGUCGUGCGUGGACCACUGUCUCCCGGAGAAAACUGGCCCCUCGCUGUGCUACAGCCCCAAGGACGAGGGGCUGUGCUCUUCUUCUGUGCCUCGUUAUUACUACGACUCCACGAGUAAAUCCUGCAAGGAGUUCAAGUACACCGGCUGCGGGGGAAACAACAACAACUUCGUUACCGAAACCGACUGCUACAACGUCUGCGGAAAAGGGACUCAGAAACCAAAAAUCAACAAGCCAACGAGUGCAUUCCGCAGAAGGAUGAUGAGAAAACUGAUUAAGAAAUCUCAGACGUAUAACCCGAAGUCUUAAAGCUGAUGUACACUUGGAUGUUUGAAACAUCUUCUUUUGAUCCCACUUUCUUCUUUUGUAGGAUAGUUUCCACACAGUUUUAUACACCAACAUAGUUCUGUCUUGCACAACUGCCUUUUAUUUCCAACUUACUUUUUAUAAAGAACUGCAUUUAAUAGAAGAAGAAUGAACCUAAGUCUGGUUCUUCUGCUCUGUUGUCUUUGCAGCAAUACUUUGGCCAAGCCAGGUAUUUAGAUGUCCAUGUUUUUAUGGGGGAAUGUUACUCCUGCCUGGAGAGAAUAUUUCAGCUGUUACAAAUCAAUUAAGAUUUGGAAAAUCAAUCGUCUCGUGGUAUAACUAAUGAGAGUACGAAGCUAAAUCUCUUCCGUGGGUAUUUUUUUUUGGCAUCCUCUGCCUGCUGAAGACAGGAAACCUUUCAAAAAUGUGCUCAGAGGUUUAUUGCCCUGCCAUUCCACACACUUUGGCACUGUCCGUUACAGUUACGUUCAUGGUCAAGGCUUUUGGAAGCUUUCAUGACAGUGAAAGAAAUACAAACUUAAAUCUGGCUCGUCCCACAAGAGACAGCUGGGAACAGGGGUACUUUGAUAAACACUCUGACAAAGGCGAUGAAUAAGCUACUUGGGUAUUAAAAUGUAGCCAUGUACUUUUCCAUGACAUUUGAAAUUUCUGCUGAGUUAACACUCCAGAUCCUCACAUGGCACAAGUCAGCACAUUUUUAUUGAUUUUUAAUGGACCUACACUGAUUACAUCUACUGAGGAUCUUGGUAUUUGUGUUGAUGCGGUGGCUGUUAAAGCAGAAAAGCAGAAGCUUCUGCAAAUCUCAUGUAAUCCCUCUUUUGAGGCACAAUUGUAUUUCUUAGGUAGAUUAUGCCUAUGGUGAUAUUAUUGCACCACCUUUUAUGUUUUGUAUUUGAGCCAUGUCUGAAUUUCAAUUAAUUUCACCUACAAUAUUUUCUAAAUAUGAAUUCAUAAGUAAUGUUAAUAAAAUGUUUUUCAGAAAAAAAGG